GAGCUGCGGUCGUGAACCUGGCAACCGUUGCUUGCACUUGCCCAAAGCAGGUGAAGAUUUAGCCAGCCAGCUGCUGACAGCUGCACCAAAAUUACAUGAGACCUGCCGGCACUUGAGACGAACUCCACAAUUUUGGAGCUUCCCGUCGAUCCCGCCGCGCGUUGAUGCGCUGGUUUGGCCCACAGAGCCGUUCUGGAACUCGACCUCGAAACCUGAAAUUUUGCAUCGCGCAACUGCCGCCGCCCUUCGUUUAUCGCGUCGUCGAAGUUGACAGUCGCCGAGCCUUCCCGGAAUGACCUGCAGAUGAGAAUACGCUCCUCUCCCGUGUCAAUUGCCCUUUCCCAAGACCGCUCUCGCCGCCGAUCCUCCCGGGCCAUCCUCGUGAUACCAGACCACCAACUACUUCCGUCCGCACGGUCCCAUCGGCAGUAUGGGCUGGUUGACGACGCUAUCGGGGUACCUUACCCCGGCAUUCCUAAUUUUGUCGCCGGUGCUUUCGUACAGCGACCAGGCCUACUCGAUGCAUCGGACGAGAUCUAGCGCCGGCUUCUCCCUUGAUAUUCCGCUUAUCAUGCUCGUUGCAUCACUGCUCAGGAUAUUCUAUUACCCCGGUGCGAAAUAUGACAGUGCGCUUCUUGUCCAGUCUUUCGUCAUGGUUGCCAUGCAGGUGAUCCUGCUAAAGAUCGGCCUGGACCACCGGCCGGCGCCGUAUUCGAAAGGGGGGGACGCCGCGGUCCCGUUCGCUCGGGUAAACGAGUCUCAGAGGCCAUUCAACUUCUGGCAGUGGAGGUCGCCGAAACCAUACUGGCAGUGCCUGCUGGCCCUGUUUGUUGGCCUCGUAGUCUGCGAACUGCUGCUCGCGCCCGUUCCCUGGGUGUACCAGUCGUAUUCGUCGUUGAUCGGGGUCAUUGGCCUCUCGGUCGAGGCGACGCUGCCCAUCCCGCAAAUUUUGGCGAAUAUGCGGUCUCGGUCCUGCAAGGGAUUUCGAGUCUCAGUGCUUGCCAGCUGGCUGAUCGGUGACAGCAUGAAGAUGUUCUGGUUCUUCACUUCGUCGACGUCGAUCCCUCCGGCGUUUAAGAUUUGCGGCAUGUUUCAGGCUGCGUGCGACUCGUUCCUAGGCGUGCAAUACAUGAUGUAUGGUGACGGUGGGCCAGCUGCGAAGGAAUCUCCAAGCACCACCACCUGGCAGCAUGAGCUACAGCCAAAUGGGUUUGCCACGGCAAGCGGCCAUAGCAACGCAACAGGCCGGAGGACGUCAACAACAGAGAAGACGAUAUGAAGUGCAUGAUGAUAAAACGUGCUUGGAUAGACUUAGACGAUUAAUAGAGGCCUGGGCUUAUGAUAUGGGUCUUGCCAUUAUAGACUGUAAUGUACGGUUUAUUUGCAAAGGGGUGUCAAGUGCCUCCUGAAAUUACAGGGGUCAGUGACAGGCCAGGGGG